ACGGGCAGCGGCAGGAUGGACCUGGAAGCCUCGCUGCUGCCCACUGGCCCCAAUGCCAGCAACAACUCCGAUGGUCCCGAUAACCUUACCGCGGCCGGGCCACCUCCUCGCACAGGGAGUGUCUCCUACAUCAACAUCAUCAUGCCUUCUGUGUUCGGCACCAUCUGCCUCCUGGGCAUCAUUGGGAACUCCACGGUCAUCUUCGCAGUGGUGAAGAAGUCCAAACUGCACUGGUGCAGCAAUGUCCCCGACAUCUUCAUCAUCAACCUCUCGGUGGUGGACCUCCUCUUCCUCCUGGGCAUGCCCUUCAUGAUCCACCAGCUCAUGGGCAAUGGUGUCUGGCACUUUGGGGAGACCAUGUGCACACUUAUCACGGCCAUGGACGCCAACAGUCAGUUCACCAGCACCUACAUCCUGACCGCCAUGGCCAUUGACCGCUAUCUGGCCACUGUCCACCCCAUCUCCUCCACCAAGUUCCGGAAGCCCUCUGUGGCCACCCUGGUGAUCUGCCUCCUGUGGGCCCUCUCCUUCAUCAGCAUCACCCCCGUGUGGCUCUACGCUAGGCUUAUCCCCUUCCCAGGGGGCACGGUGGGCUGCGGCAUCCGCCUGCCCAACCCAGACACUGACCUUUACUGGUUCACCCUGUACCAGUUCUUCCUGGCCUUUGCCCUGCCCUUCAUAGUCAUCACAGCCGCGUAUGUGAGGAUCCUGCAGCGCAUGAUGUCCUCGGUAGCUCCGGCCUCUCAACGCAGCAUCCGGCUGCGGACAAAGAGGGUGACUCGCACGGCCAUCGCCAUCUGCCUGGUCUUCUUUGUGUGCUGGGCUCCCUACUAUGUGCUCCAGCUGACCCAGCUGUCCAUCAGCCGCCCGACACUCACCUUUGUUUACCUGUACAACGCAGCCAUCAGCUUGGGCUACGCUAACAGCUGUCUCAACCCCUUUGUGUACAUCGUGCUCUGCGAGACAUUCCGCAAACGCCUGGUCCUGUCGGUGAAGCCUGCCGCCCAGGGGCAGCUUCGAACCGUCAGCAAUGCCCACACAGCUGACGAGGAGAGGACAGAAAGCAAGGGCACCUGA